AUGUCUUGCUAUCACCACUUCGCAAAAUUCCAGGGCCGUUACUUGCUAAGGACUAUACACCAACUUCACAGCAGGUAUGGUCCUACCGUCCGAGUUGGUCCUCACGAAGUCUCCUUCUCCAACCAGGAGAUUAUCAAGGAGCUUUAUAGCUAUCAGACUAGCUUCAUGAAAGCUCCGGUCUAUGAUGGCAUGAGCAUGAGGCCGGUAGGGAUUUUCAGCAUGAGAGACAAGAAGGAACACAAUCAGAGGCGCCGACUAUUAAGCCACGCCUUCUCGCAAUCGAACCUUUUGGACACGGAGCCGCUGAUAAAGGAGCAUGUCAACGAGCUUUUGGCAUUUAUAAAGCCUAAGCUUGGACGGCCUGUUGACAUGCUCACAACCUUUCGGCGUCUCUCCUUUGACAUCGUUGGUGAGCUUUUCUUGGGGCAAUCCUUCAACGGAUUGAAAUCCCCCGCAACACCUCGAUUCUUGAUUGACCUGGAUUCACACUUUGUCCUCGCCGGUAUCAAGAUGAACUUCCCCCUGAUAUACUAUAUCUUGGAGCUGUUACCUAUCGCAGCGGUGCGACAUUUCUUCGCUAGCACAGAACGAAAUAGGCAGUACGGCAAAGAUGCGUUUGAAAAUUACAUUGCCCAGUAUGGCCGCAAUUCGGGCCGCCGCGACCUGUUGACGAAAGUUGUCGUAGCCAAGGACGACGAAGGCGCACCGCUCACCGAUCUUGAGAUCUAUACAGAGGUAGCGCACCUCGUUCAUGCGGGCUCAGAUACAACAAGUACGACUUUGACGUACCUCUUUUGGCUGCUUGCUAAACACCCUGAAUGGCAAAGUCGACUUCGCGCAGAGCUCAUGACCGUGCCAUCCUGUACCGACGGUGUGUUCACUUACAAGGAAGUCAUCGCUCUGCCAGUGCUGGACGCAAUCAUCAAUGAGGCCCUUCGAUUGUAUCCAGCCGCACCUGCAAGCCUACCGCGAGAGACGCCGUCAGGCGGACGAAAUUUGAACGGUAUCUUUAUACCGGAAAAAACUGUUGUGUCCAUGCAGUGUUACACAACUCACCGCCAUCCAGACGUUUUCCCAGAUCCCGAGGAGUUUCUACCAGAGAGAUGGCUGGAUGAAAAGGCAGUGACGCCAGAGAUGAGGACGAUGUUCAUGCCUUUCUCAGCAGGCAGUCGUGCAUGCUUGGGAAUCAAUUUGGCAUGGAUGGAACUGAAGGUGAUCACAGCAACCUUGCUGAAGGCUUACAAGGUGCAACUAGCGUCCAGCACAACGGAUGAAAGCAUGCUAUUCCUGGAUCAUUUCCUAGCCCUCCCGAAAUCUGGCAGGUGUGACUUAAUCCUCACCAAGGCCGAGUCGACCGAGCCCACGACAAACUCCGGACUAGGCACGCAGGUGAAGUAA